AUUCGACUGAUCUGGAUGGCUAGGCGGGUGUCCCCUACCUCCCUCACUGCUCCGUGUGUGUCCCUCCCAAAACUGUGCGCUUGGUGGAAGAGGACAACCAUCCCAGAUAGAAGGAGUGUACCAUUCUUCGGUCAAGGGUUCUGUCUGGAACGGAAGAGAUUGCCAUGACUUGUCACAAACUGGUUAUCAAGUGCGGGAAGUUUGCCAUCCUGGUGGAUUUCUACAUUACGCCACAAGACUCCAGUGAGGAUGCUCAGUGGUUCUCGAAUGAUAAGAGAGAGGAAGUCUGCAUGCUGCUAAAAGACACAGUGGAAUCAAGAGUGGAGCAGUACCUGAAAACCCGCAAGAAACACGGUCCAGGGAAGCAAAUGGAAUAUGCUCAAGUUAGUCCUUUGGAAGGAUAAAGUCUUCUGAAUUAAAGUUGUCUGAAAUAAAGCAGAAACUAUUUUGAAAGAAUUGUGAGUAAACUUACCC